CGGGCAAGGCGCAGGUGCUGGGCAGAAGCGAGGCGCCCGCCGGGGACCCGGCUCCAGGAGCCUUGCGGGGCGGCCGCCGCCAUGAGCGCCGUGGACCUUGCCCGCGUGGGCGCGUGCGUCCUGAAGCAUGCGACGACCGGGGAGGCCGUGGAGCUGCGGAGCCUCUGGCGGGAGCAGGCGUGCGUGGUGGCCGGACUGCGGCGCUUCGGCUGCGUGGUGUGCCGCUGGAUCGCCCGGGACCUGAGCGGCCUGCGGGGCCCCCUGGAGCAGAGCGGCGUGCGCCUGGUGGGCGUGGGGCCCGAGGCGCUGGGCCUGCAGGAGUUCCUGGACGGCGGCUACUUCUCGGGAGAGCUCUACCUGGACGAGACCAAGCAGUUCUACAAGGGGCUGGGCUUCAAGCGGUACAACAGCCUGAGCAUCCUGCCAGCCGCCCUGGGGAAGCCGGUGCGAGACGUGGCCGCCAAGGCCAAGGCUGUUGGCAUCCAGGGGAACCUGUCUGGGGACCUGCUGCAGAGUGGAGGGCUGCUGGUGGUCAGCAAAGGUGGUGACAAAGUCCUGCUGCACUUCGUCCAGAAGUCCCCCGGCGACUACGUCCCCCGCGAGAGCAUCCUGCAGUCUCUGGGCAUCUCUGCAGAGGUCUGCGCCAGCGAGCCGCCCCAGUGUGACGAGGAGCUGUGUGGGAGGUGACGGCCUCGCGGGAGCUGGCCGGCGUGUGCUGCCCUGGGCCCCUGGAGUUGGAAGAGGCUCCUGCAGGGGCUGGGCUGGGCGCGUGGACCUUGCCUGGCCCCGGGCCUCUGUGAGCCAUUAAACUGCAC